GACUACACGCCAUGAAGGCCGCAAACAAUUUUGGUUUGAAAUUACUUGACUAAACUUGAGACUUUGCAAAUGUUUUAUGAAGAAAGAAAUGCACGCAACACGAUUGUUGGACCUCUGAAGACUCACGCAGCGUGUUUCGUAAUGGACUCCUCUCUCUGUCAGCCGAGGCAGCGGAUCUCAGCUGUGGAGGAAUGCAUCGUAUUUUGUUCCCAUUACCAGCCUGCCAGCUCCUGGCUCUGUCUGCUGCAGCACAUCCCAUCAGCCCACAGGCUCAGCUGACCGAUCGAUAGACCACUUAGCGGCCGCAAGCUACACAUCCUCAGUCAUUUGACCUGCUGGAGCGGUGGGAACGGCCACGCAAUCCAAUAAGCAUCGAGCCAAUGAGACAAGCGAACUGGACCGCCAGCUUGAGGAAGUUCCCCUCCCUGAGAGGCUGUUUUCAGGACGGGAGGACACAGAACUCUACAGAUCAGGAUGAAUGAGAAGAGAUGCCGGCAUGACGUGAAACGAUUGAGGCAAACUUCCGUCACUACGGGACAUGUCUGGCUUCUGCACGUUAAUAGUUUCCUCCCCUCCUCACCUCACUGACCCAUGAAAGAAGCCAUGCCGGUCCUCACAGCAGGAGCAGGGCUGCAUGAGACGCUGGCCCUGCUGACCUCUCAGCUGCGGCCUGAUGCCAAUCACAAAGAGGACAUGGUCUUUCUCAAAGAUGUCUUCAGUGAGAGGAGCUUGGGAUACCUCAUGAAGAUUCACGAGAAGCUGAGACAGUAUGAGAGACAGAGUCCAACGCCUGUCCUCCACAGUGCCUCUUCUCUGGCAGAGGAUGUGGCGGAGGAGCUGCAGAGCGGACCAAUGAGCACCGAGGAGAAAGAGCUGCUGCACCUGCUGACGUCACCGCAUUUAAAGGCCGUUCUCUCGGUGCAUGACACCGUGGCACAGAAGAACUUUGAUCCCGUGCUGCCACCGCUGCCAGAUGACUUUGAGGAUGAGCUGGAGGAGGAGUCAGUGAAGAUUGUCAGACUGGUGAAGAACAAGGAGCCACUAGGAGCCACCAUCAGGAGGGAUGAAGCCACGGGGGUGGUGAUCGUGGCUCGGAUCAUGAGAGGAGGUGCAGCCGACCGAAGUGGUUUGGUCCAUGUAGGAGAUGAACUCAGGGAGGUCAACGGAGUCUCUGUGAUCCACAAGAGGCCUGAUGAAAUCAGUCAGCUGCUGUCUCAGUCCCAGGGCUCCAUCACUCUAAAGAUAAUCCCUGCCAUUAAAGAAGAGGACCGACUGAAGGACAGCAAGGUCUAUAUGAGAGCCUUGUUUGACUACGUCCCGCUGGAAGACAAAGCGACGCCUUGCCAAGAAGCGGGACUUCCCUUCAAGCGGGGAGACAUCCUGCAGGUUGUGACCCAAGACGACCCCACGUGGUGGCAGGCGAAGCGUGUGGGAGACAGCAAUCUGCGGGCCGGACUCAUCCCCUCCAAACAGUUCCAGGAGAGGCGACUGGCCUACAGGAUGAAAAUGGGCACUCUCCCGAAUCCAAAAUCCCCUAAAAAGCCUGUCUAUGACCAAGGAUGUGAUAAAGAGGACUGUGACUGUGAGGGCUAUUUCAAUGGACAGUACAUAGUCUCUCCUAAGUGUAAAGCAGUGGCGCCCUCCUGUGGCCAGGUGUUUUCCUGGGAAUUUUAUUCAGCUGGUUUACGGAGGAGUUUCCGGCUGAGUCGUAAGGACAGGCAAGGGUCCUCCGGAGAGGGAUCUGAUACCGCAGACCCCGACUUCCUGACUUAUGAAGAGGUGACACGCUACCAGCAGAGGCCAAAUGAGAGGCCACGUCUCGUGGUUCUAAUCGGUUCUCUCGGAGCACGAAUCAAUGAACUCAAACAGCGAGUGAUUGCCGAAAACCCACAUCGGUUUGCAGUGGCUGUGCCGCACACCACCAGGCCCAAGAAGCCUCAUGAGAAGGAGGGUGUGGAGUACCACUUUGUCACCAAACAGCAAUUUGAUGCAGAUGCUUUAAACAACAAGUUCAUAGAACACGGGGAAUACAAGGAGAACCAGUACGGGACGAGUAUAGAGGCUAUCCGCUCUGUACAGGCCAAGAAUAAGAUGUGUGUAGUGGAUGUGCAGCCUGAGGCCCUAAAGAGACUGCGGACAGCAGAGUUCAAGCCCUAUGUAAUAUUUGUCAAACCUCGUGUUCCUGAGAGCAGACGUCGCCGCAGUGCUGCCACUUCACCAGGAGGGGGAGAGCACGGCCGCAUUACAGACGAAGACCUCCAGGAGAUGCGUCAGUCUGCCAUUCAGAUUGAUCAGCAGUACGGACACCUGGUGGACCGGGUCCUGAUCAAGGAGGACUCAGCCAGUGCCUGUGCAGAACUGCGAGGUAUCUUGGAAAGGCUGGAGCGCGAGUCCUUCUGGGUGCCUCUGAGCUGGGUGCGGACCUAAACUUAAACCCCCCCAGCAUCUUCCAGAUGAACUUCACAGCAAACCCACCCAAUUCCUCUCCUAAUGAGCCGACCCCCAACCCCCACCCCCCACCCCCGACAGGCCUGCUGGCCAGCCUGGGAGUCGGCUGAACUUCCUUUGAUUGACUGAGGCAGGACUGGCCAGACCGCCAUAAACUGAGCUACCAAAGGGUAAGAUGAUGCCAGAGUGACACAUUUUUGUUUGGGGUGUUGCAGUAGAUCGCCAGCUCUCUUGGCCCAGAAAUCACAGUCUUACCGUCACUUUAAGUCAUAUUUAUUCAGGUAUGCUUUUAAUUUAUUUAAUGACGUCAAAGACAAAGGAUAGACGCAAGUUUGUAGUUUAAGACGUGUUUUAUUCCUCACACUGCCGCUCUGUCUAGCUGUAUCGCUCACUAGAGUGUGGCAGGUCUGGGAUCCUACUCAGAGGAUUGCUCAGUCAGUCAGCUUUAAUGUGACUCUUGUUGGAGUACCUUUAGUAGCAUGGUUUUUUAGGUUUACACUUUUAUUCAACUCAAUGCCAAUCGCAGAAUGCUUCCUCUUAGUUCUUACUGCUCAUGCAUCCUGUACAGUAUAAGAACAAAUCAUACAUUCAACAGAAUAGGACAAAUUGAUCUACAAAGCUAGGUGAAUGCUAUUUAAAACUUAUGUCGUCUUUUUGCUAAAUAUAAUUUCCACACAAAACAAAUUAUCCAAUUGGAAUGUGAGAAUUGUAUUUUCUACAAACCUCUUUGCUUUUGGGAAACGCAUGAUUAUUUAAUCUCAGAUGUAAAUAUUGUAAAUAUUUACUCCUCAUGUGCCAACGAAAGAUCUCGUAGCACUUCAAUGCAACCUGUUUACCCUCUGUACCCGUGAACCCACAUCUGUUUGUAUGUAGAAUAUCAGCGUGCACAAAGUAUGUAAGGAUGGAGGUCACAGUGUACGUUUACAAACACCACCCUGAGAUGCUCCUUUUUCAUACAGGGAUGGGUUUUGUACAGCUUCCCUGCACAUAUCUGUAUUUUUGACUGCAGAGGAAGAAGCUGGUACUAGAUGUUGGUUUUCUGUGAUAAUCAGGGUUUUGCUUUAUUGAUGUCAGUGUAGAGAUGGGAGGUGUCAUAUCAACAGAGUUCGAAUCAGAAUUGAAACAAUUAGUCAAAAUUAUUCAGCGACUAUCAGCAGUUUAAUUUAUGAAGCAGAAAUGCCAAACAUUCCUGACAUUGAGAUAGUAAGCAGUCUAAUUUUGAUGUCCUUCUGGUUGCAAAAUACUAAAAUACUACUUGUAAGUGAAAAGAUUUGAAAUUUGUCUUAAAAAAAAAAAGCCAUUAUUCCCCAAAUGCACAUUGACACAGUUCUUUAUCAUAGUAAUUGUUCCUUUUUUAUCAACUUUGGAGGGAAAUCACUUUACGGGCAAACUUGUUUGAGUUUACUGGUAGUGUAGGAAAGACAUUUUUGGCCGACAGCUUGGAGGUGAGAAAAGAUAAAAGCAACCAAAGCUCCUUACAUACCUACUGGCAUAACUUAUCACUUCUAUGGGUGGACACUAUGGGUGUGUGUUUAAAAUGAAUCAGCUUCCAUUUCCUUUCCUUUUUUUUUUUCAUUUUUCUCCUGAUCUCCAUGUUCUGUAUGAACCAGGAAAACCCAGAACGUUGACUUUUUAACAUGUCCUGUACAA